UUGAUAAGAAGAGUUUGAAAUUGUUAUUCUUAUAUUUUUUAUUUAGUUAAAAGUUAAAGCUAGGAGUGCGCGGUGGGCUGAAAGCUUUUUUCUAUUAAAUCACCUAACGCAUUAUUAUAAAAUAAUGUUUAAACUUUGCAUACUGUUAUUAAUACCCCAUUUUUACUUUAUCAAAUGCGAACCUAAUACGCCUAUCGUAAUUACGACUUGGAACUUUAAAAACUCCACUAUUAAAGCAUGGGAGGUGUUAAAAACCGGUGGUACAGCGUUGGAUGCAGUGGAGCAGGGGGCGUCGGUUUGCGAAGCGCAGCAAUGCGCUGGUACUGUGGGCUUCGGAGGGAGUCCUGACGAAGAUGGUGAGACUACUCUGGAUGCUCUUAUAAUGGACGGGAAAACAAUGAAUGUUGGUGCAGUGGGCGCUCUGCGUAGAGUCAAAAGUGCUAUAUCAGUGGCGAGACAUGUUUUGGAGCACAGUUACCACUCUUUCCUUGUUGGGGAGCUUGCCACACAGUUUGCAGAGCAGAUGGGUUUCCCUGUUGAGUCUCUCACAACUCCCAAAUCCAAGCAAAUGUGGAAAAAAUGGAGAAAUGAAGAUAAUUGUCAGCCAAAUUUUUGGAUGUAUGUAAAACCAGAUCCAAGACAAAACUGUGGGCCAUAUACAAAGAUAACAAGUAGACACCAACAUUGGGCAAGGCCCCAGAAAGUAGACGAACACAACCAUGAUACCAUUGGGAUGGUGGCAGUGGACCGGCAGGGAGAUAUUGCCGCUGGGACUUCCACCAACGGAGCCAGGUUUAAAAUGCCAGGACGUAUCGGGGACUCUCCGAUCCCGGGCGCUGGUGCGUACGCCGACAACACUGUGGGCGGUGCCGCCGCCACCGGCGAUGGGGAUGUUAUGCUGCGGUUCCUACCCAGUUUCCUAGCCGUAGAAGAGAUGCGUCGCGGCGCCGCCCCCACGGCCGCUGCCGAAACGGCCGUCGCCAGGAUCGCAGCCCACUACCCGGCCUUCAUGGGCGCGGUGGUAGCUCUCGCCAAGGACGGGACGUACGGCGCGGCCUGCCACGGCAUACAUCAAUUCCCCUUCGUCGUGUUCGAUCAGAAGGCUGAGGAGUGCAGAACUGAACAUGUCUUGUGCUCUUAAAUAUGAAAAUUUAUACGUAGUCUUAGAAUCUAUUGGUGUUUUAGUU